AUGGGUAAAUCCCAAAAUAGAAUUCGGAAUGCUGCCAAAUGCUUUCAUCUGAAAAUAAGCCAUUGGAUUAAAAAAAAGAAAUAUAAUGCUAUAAUUAUCAGGCAAUGUGUGGCGAGAACAAGAAAAAGGAAAUGA